AUGCUUGACGUCGAUUGGAGCAGCGACAGUGGCUGGACGAAGCCCACAAUUCGACCUUACGAAAACUUUUCUCUCGAUCCUGCUUGCAAGGUCUUUCACUACGCCACAGAGCUAUUCGAGGGAUUGAAGGCAUAUCGCGGUGACGACGACCGCAUUCGACUGUUUCGCCCACAGCUCAAUAUGGAGCGUAUGAUACGAACGGCCAGACGCGCAGCUCUACCGGUAUUCGACGGUGACGAGCUAUUGAAAUGUAUAAAAGAUUUGGUACGUGUUGACCAAGCUUGGGUGCCCAAAGAAAAAGGAGCUUCUCUCUACAUACGCCCAACGUUAAUUGGAACAGAGACAUCUUUGGGAGUGCAGUAUUCGAAUAAAGCAAAACUAUUCGUGAUCACAGGGCCAGUCGGAGCCUACUUUACAGGCGGCUUUUCGCCGAUCAAGUUGCUUGCCGACGCGAAGUUCGUGCGUGCAGCCAAAGGCGGUGUUGGUGCUUUCAAGAUGGGCUGUAACUAUGCUCCUACACUGAGUGUUGCUGCAGAAGCAGAAGCAGAAGGUUGCCACCAAGUCCUGUGGCUAACAGGAGAGAACCACUAUGUGACGGAAGCUGGUGCCAUGAAUGUCUUUUUGCAUUGGAAAAACGAACAAGGCGAAGAUGAAUUGAUUACGGCGUCGUUAGAGAGUGGUCUCAUUUUACCUGGAGUUACACGCCAUUCCGUGAUCCAGCUGGCACGUGAAAUGGGCAACAUCAAAGUGACAGAGCGUGAUUUUACAAUGGAUGAGCUCCGAAAGGCAGUCAAGGAAAAUAGGGUGUACGAGUUCUUCGGAUCCGGCACUGCAGUGGUUGUUUCUCCGAUCGGCGAGAUUUUGUACAAGAUUGACGGCAAAGAAGAAAGUAUUCGCUUUCCGCAAAUAGACAUGAAGAAAUCACUUAUGGCCAAGUAA